AUGCGCAUCACCUCUGGUGGCUUACGGCAACUUAAUACCCUCGUCGGCCUCGACGAUCGCUCCGGAGCGGAGGCAGGCCGGCGGAGCGAGAGCAAGAGGAAGAAGCGGCUCGAAGGAUGUGUGGAGGAUGGUGGGAAGCGCCGACAAAAGAACGCAAUCGUCAACACACAAACCCGUAACAAGCGCCCAUCUACAUCGCACAUCAGCCCUGUGACCACUUGUCGAGCAGCGCAAGAGAUGGCUCUGGCUGGCAAGUAUUCGCUCAUCACCAUGGCUGAGAUGGCACAAGUGCUGCUCCCGUCACAUCUGCGCCGCACUGAGAUGGUCGGCGGCAGCAUCUGGAGCACGUUGUGCGCAGGCCACGCAGCCGCUGAUUGGCCCGCCCUUGGCUGUGUGACGGGCACUAUCGAUAGAUUGUCCGUAUAUCGCUCAGAAGGAAGAGCAGUGUUCUUCGUAAUCCGCUCCACCGUCACAACCGUCGCUUCUGGCGUUGCAGUGCGUCAAGAUGGUGGUGUGGCCUUGGUGAUGGAAGGUGCUCAGAAGCGCCGAGCUCCGGGCUGA